UGCGUCUUCAGCGAUCAACGAACGAUUGCCAGCCACUUUUUCGACAGACGUCAUUAUGAAUUGAAACGCUCACGACAUGCUGUGAGGGCACGCAUCCAGUUGUCCUUACAAUGCAGCACCAUCCAGGCAGACCGAACGAAUCAGAACGAGAAGGCUCCCACACACGAAACCACACCAGCCCAUGUUGCCGGAAAAAGUUCGUCGGCCUUCCUCCCUCCCUCCCUCCCUCCCUCCUGCAUGUUGGUCAGUGUACAGCCAUUCAACCAUGGACAUGACUGAGCUCACAACAACAGCUACAGCCACGCACUACACUCCCCACCGACCCCCCAUCCUCAUCCCCCACCCUGCCCUCCCCUGAUGGCGUCGUGGCAUGGUGGCCGUCUACUCACUCGUAGGGUCUGUACUUCUGGUCCAUGCAGAGUCGAUGGCUGUGCCAGAUGCCGAGUGACCAGAACUUCUUCCAGCCGUCAGGGAUUGCGGGGAAGAAGAACCAGCCGAUGGUGAAGAAGCCGAAGGGCGCCCACUUGCUGAGGUUGGACCACAGCUUGUAGUACCCGUAGUUGCGCCGGUGCGUGGCCUGCGCCGUCGACGCCCAUAUCUUGGCGUACACCGCCUUCGUCAUGACCAACCGACAGACGGACGGCUGCACACACCCAAACAGAACAAGAACCUAUGUUCCUCUAUGCAGUCCUUCGUGUGUUUUGCGUGGCAUUCUCACCGAAUGUCGUCGCUCUCCCUGAAUCUAG